GUAGAGAAGCUUAUCAUAAGUUCAAUGAGCAUUUACAUGAGAAGAGUUUGUGUUGUUUUGUGUGAGCCGACUGCCAUUAUUUAUUAUGGCCGUUGAGAGGUGGCAAUAUCUGCAACUUUAAUUGCAGACACCAAACCCAAGCAACUCCCCAACGCUCUUUACUGUUUUCCUUCUCCAUCUUCUCAAUUACUUUAUCAGCAACUCUUUUUAUAAUCAAUCGACCUUAAAAAUGUGAACUACGAUUGAUUUUAAAUACCAAAAUGCUAACAAAUUGAAAGUCGCCCUACAUUUACUUAAUUUGCAUGCACUUAAUCGCGGCGGUCUUCUUCUUAGUUGGUGCUUUCUGUCCUUUAGAACAGGAUUUGAACGAAUUAUAGAAUCCCAUUCUGGUGGAAGCUUUGAAAUCUUAUAUUCUUAUGUUCUGAAGUAGAAGAGAAUCGGCGAUUUGUGAAAGGAUUAGCUCUGGUUUUGGUGGAAUACCCACCAAUAAAACCUAUAAAAAUACGAUUUUUUGCUGUUUGUGACGAUUCUCGAAGGGCAGCUUCGCUGUUAACGGUGAAGGCUUGAGGACUGCUUUGGGGGGAGCUAAACCCAUAUAAAUAUCAGACCUAGUCGUUAUAGAAGUCUGCAAAAACUCAACGAAUUCGACGCUGAUUGCUCAACUGGCAUCAGUAGGGCGGAAAGUUUGAUCGCGGAGAUAACUCUUUGUUUUUGCAGCUUUGAAGGAACCCUCAACGAAAACGAUACUUUUGAUGCUUGUGAGGGUUAGAAUCCAUAGUUGCUCAAGUUAUUUUGGGUUUGGUUCUACGGUAGAAAAUGGUUGGAAGUGUUGAUUCGGUAGCCUGUAACUUGUAUUCAAAUGGGUCUGUUCAUAACUCAAAUGGCGUGGAAGAAAGGCUUGAUGAGUUCCGCCGCCUCUUGGGAAAAGCGGAAGGUGACCUGCUCAAGAUUGUCGGCGUUGGAGCUGGUGCUUGGGGUAGUGUUUUUGCGGCGAUGCUUCAAGACAGCUAUGGUCAUCUUCGAGAGAAGGUUCAGAUCAGGAUAUGGAGAAGGCCUGGCAGGUCAGUUGAUAGAGCCACUGCAGAACACCUCUUUGAAGUGAUCAAUUCAAGGGAGGAUGUCUUGAGGCGUCUGAUCAGGCGUUGUGCGUACUUAAAAUAUGUUGAAGCAAGAUUGGGUGACAGAACACUAUAUGCAGAUGAAAUUUUGAAAGAUGGGUUCUGCUUGAACAUGAUUGACACACCAAUUUGUCCUUUGAAAGUUGUAACCAACUUACAGGAGGCUGUUUGGGAUGCUGAUAUUGUGAUAAAUGGGUUGCCAUCGACAGAAACCCGCGAGGUUUUUGAAGAGAUAAAUAGGUAUUGGAAGGAGAGAAUCACUGUCCCCAUCAUCAUUUCUCUGUCCAAGGGUAUAGAGGCUGCAUUGGAGUCUGUCCCGCACAUAGUAACUCCCACACAGAUGAUUAAUCGGGCAACUGGAGUGCCCAUGGAGAACAUUCUUUACCUUGGAGGACCAAAUAUUGCCUCAGAGAUCUACAACAAGGAGUAUGCUAAUGCUCGCAUAUGUGGAGCUGGAAAGUGGAGGAAACCUCUGGCUAGGUUUUUGAGACAACCUCAUUUCAUUGUGUGGGAUAACAGCGACCUUGUCACUCAUGAAGUUAUGGGUGGCUUGAAGAAUGUCUAUGCCAUUGGAGCUGGAAUGGUUGCAGCCCUGACCAAGGAGAGCGCUACAAGCAAAUCAGUAUAUUUUGCUCACUGUACAUCAGAGAUGAUAUUUAUUACUCAUCUGUUAACGGAAGAACCUGAGAAGCUUGCAGGGCCUUUGCUAGCUGACACUUAUGUAACCCUUUUGAAAGGUCGUAAUGCAUGGUAUGGCCAAAUGUUAGCCAAGGGGGAAUUAAGCCUAGACAUGGGUGAUAGCAUCAAGGGCAAGGGAAUGAUUCAGGGAGUAUCCGCUGUGGGAGCAUUUUAUGAGCUGCUAAGCCAAUCCAGCUUAAGUAUCUUCCAUCCUGAAGAGAACAAGCCUGUUGCCCCUGUUGAACUGUGUCCCAUCUUGAAGACACUUUACAAAAUACUAAUCAAGAGGGAGCUGCCAUCACAGGCCAUCCUUCAAGCAUUGAGAGAUGAAACCAUGAAUGAUCCUCGUGACCGUAUUGAGAUAGCACAGAGCCAUGCUUUCUACAGACCUUCACUCCUUGGGCAACCUUGAUUAGUUGACACUCAACUUUACUGGCAGAAUUGAUAUGUAAUCAACGACCAUAGCAAAUAAGAAUCAAUGGAUCAAUGGAGUUUGUGCUUGAAGAUCUACAUGAUGAAUCAGAAAAGUGUUUUGUAACAGAUCAAGUAUCUCAAUUCAUUCAUUUUUUUUUUUUCCUUCUGUGGUUAUGGUCUUUAUAGUAUCAUCUAUAGAAGGUCCUGUUUUAAGUGGCUUCAUCAAUAUGUAAUGUGCUAUAUGGUUUCCAAUCAUGAAUAAAAUUGUGGUUUAGUUCUGCA